AUGAGAACUCUCUCCCAUCCUCUCUUCCUCCUGCCCCUCCUAUUCUCAGUUCUUCUGAUUUUCCCCAACGGUGGUGCCGCGGCCUCGCGCAAACCCCCGCUCUCCGGCGCAUAUGAACCGAUCCAGGAUCCUGAGGACGCGCACAUCCAGGCUCUCGCAAAGUACGCCGUGAGGCAGCACAAGAAGGAGUCCGGCGAGUCGCUGGUCCUGAAUCGUGUCCUUGGUGGGCAGCAACAGGUGGUAGCAGGGAUGAACUACCGCCUGGUCAUCGGCGCGGCGGGGUGGAGCGGUGUGGAGGAGCUCUACUUGGCUGUGGUGUACGAGAAGCCUUGGAAGACUUUCAGGAAUCUCACUGUGUUCGAGCCGAUCGUGUAA